GCCUCCUGGAUGAGCAGACAAGCAAGAUGCUGACCUCAACGGAAGAGGAUAGCAAGUUCUUCUUCGACCCUGGCACACGGGACAAGGUGACCUACGGACAGCUCAAGGAGCGCUUUGUCCUGGAUGGCGACACUGGCUUGUGGCUGCUGCCACUCCCCCAGGACAUGGUGCUAGAGGUGGAUGACCACACAGCAGUGGCUCUGAGGGCCAUGAAGGUGCCAGUUGGGGCAGGGAGGUUCAGAGGGCUCAGCAUCUCACUCUGGGAUCUGCUGCAUUCAGAGUAUGUAGGGCUCCACAAGCGGCGGGAGCUGGCAGCACUCUGCCAGUCUGGGAGGGCCACAGCCCUGCGGCAGGUGGUCACUGCGGUCACCACCCUGGUUGAGGCUUCAGAAAGGCAGCCCUCACAGGCUACAUUCAGGGGACUCCGGAAGCAGCUGUCAGCCAACGACCUGUUCAGGUCCCAGCUGAUCGACAAGAAGACGCUGGAUGAGCUGAGUCAAGGGAAGAAGACCGUGCAGGAGGUAGCGGAGAUGGACCACGUGCGGCGGUACUUGGAAGGGGGCAGCUUCAUUGCUGGGGUCCUCAUCCAGGACACCAAAGAGAAGAUGAGCAUCUCAGAAGCUCUGAGAAGAAACGUCCUGCGGCCGGGCACGGCCCUGGUGCUGCUGGAGGCACAGGCGGCCACUGGCUUCCUCAUUGACCCUGUGGAGAACCGGAAGCUGACUGUGCAGGAGGCGUUCGCAGCAGGGAUGUUCGGCAGGGAAACCUACCAGAAGCUGCUGUCGGCUGAGCGCGCGGUCACCGGCUACACCGACCCAUAUACCGGGGAACAGAUCUCCCUCUUCCAGGCCAUGAAGAAGGACCUCAUCGUGCGCGAGCACGGCAUCCGCCUGCUGGAGGCCCAGAUCGCCACAGGCGGCAUCAUCGACCCCGUGCACAGCCACCGCGUGCCCGUGCACGUGGCCUACCAGCGCGGCUACUUUGAUGAGGAGAUGAACCGCGUGCUGGAGGACCCCAGCGACGACACCAAGGGCUUCUUCGACCCCAACACGCAUGAGAACCUCACGUACAUGCAGCUAUUGGAGCGCUGCGUGGAGGACCCCGAGACAGGGCUCUACAUGCUGCAAGUUGUAAAGAAAGGAGAAACCUAUGUGUACAUCGAUGAAGCCACAAGGCAAGCCCUGCAGUCAAAAACUACCGAAAUGCAUGUGGGCAUGUUUGCCCAGCAGGUGGUCUCCUUCUGGGACCUGCUGUCCUCGCGUACUUCACAGAGGAAAGGAAGAAAGAGCUUGUCCAGGGGUACAAAGCCAGGAAUGUCAGCUUAGAGCAGCUGCUGAAGGUCAUCACCACAACGGUCGAAGAAACAGAAACAGCAAAACAAGGGUAUCAGGCUGGCAGCCAUUGGAGGAGAGGUGACAGCUGCAGAACUAUUCAACUCAGGAAUCAUUGAUAAGAAGACACUGGACGAGCUACACAAGGGAGCAGGGAGACAGGACCUCUGCUGCCUGCC